GUGGUGGUAGCCACAGUGGCGUUUGGCAUGGGCAUCGACAAGCCUGACGUCAGGUUCGUAAUCCACCAUACCAUCAGCAAGUCCAUUGAGAACUACUACCAAGAGAGUGGACGCGCAGGUCGAGAUGACAGUCCAGCAGACUGCAUUGUCUACUUUGGCUUCUCUGACAUCUUCAGGAUCAGCACCAUGGUGGUGAUGGAGAACGUUGGCCAGCAGAAGCUGAGGCAGAUGGUUGACUACUGCCAGAAUGUUGACAGGUGUCGUCGCUCUCUUAUGGCUGUUCAUUUUGAUGAGGUGUGGGACGAUGAAGGAUGCAAUCAGAUGUGUGAUACUUGCCGCCAUGCAAAAGACUUUACGUCAGUGGACAUUACCCAGUAUGGCAGGCAGGUGGUGCAGAUCGUGGAGCUGGCAGCGUCCAUGGAUGAGAAGCUGACUCCUCUGAAGCUGGUGGAGGCGUGGAUGGGGAAAGGCCCAGCCAAGCGCAGGAAGAUGAUCCAGACCACCACGCUGCCUCGAAUGCAGGCUGAAGCUGUGAUCGUGCGGCUGCUGCUGCAGGAAUAUCUCAGAGAGGAUUUCAGCUUCACUCCGUACACCACCUACUUCUACGUGAAGCUGGGCCGCAAAGCUCCUCUGCUGAAGAACCAGACUCACACAGUCAGCAUGAAGAUGAGGACAACAGGGAGCGGAUCUGCUGUGGUAAAAGCUGCGAGUGGCCAGGGCAAAGCCAAAGAAGGAAAGAGAUCAGUUCAAAGUGAUGGAGACGCCCCAGCGUCCAAGAAAGUCAAGACAGGCCUCCCAUAACCCCCCCUCCCCACCCUGUCCAGAAGACAAGCUGACAAAGACACAUCUGCUGGGGAUGUGGAGGAGGGGACUGAUGUGACCUUUGACCUCAUUGUCAUGGACAAUAGCUGUCCCCCCCAACCCAAACAGAAACUAUUUAAAGAACAGAGGAAUCUGUCCAGGAAACAAGAUCUGAAACCAGUUAGCCAGACAGACAAACAGACAGAGAGGACAAAGAAACAGCUGGCAGAGGGACACGAAGAGGAGGAUAGGAGAUCCAUCCUGCCUCAACAUGCAAUUGAGGUUGAUGUUGAAAUUAACAUUAUAGAUAACAGUGAUGGUCAGAAAACACCAUCACAUCCAGUUAAACCUUGUUCCAAACGCAAAUCCACCACCCCUCAGAGAGCGAGGAGGAAACCCCGUGCUGACGCAGCAGGUGUUCCCUCUCUGUCCCCAGGCGGCGACGCAGCCACCUGCACCAUGCCCAGCUCCCCGUCGCAGGCCUCCAUCAUCUCCGAGACCGCGGUCGAGGAGCUCUGCAACCUGAGGAACUACUACAGUAAACAGCUCAGGAGAAUCAACUAUAUUUCCCAUGAGUACCUGGGGCAGCCCGCAGAGCCAGGAGUGCUGGCGUGCAUCAGGGAGCCUCUGAGGAGCCUUCGUCUGCCCCGCAGGGCGACCAUCGCCCAGACGGCCCGCAGCCUGUGGACUCGAGUCAGCGGCAGGAGGAAGCUGGUGCACAGAUGACAUCAACUCAAUCAGCUGCACUUAGAUUUGAUGUUUGUAGUGUUUUAUCAUGAAACGUUUGUGAAUGUUUUAUCUGCUAACAAAAAGGCCACUAUGUGUUUGAGUUUGGAGCCACCUGGUGGUUGUACCUGGUGGCUUCCAACCCCAGUCACCCACAGAUCUGACCUGGGAACAUUGAGAUGAAUGGACUUAAAGCAACACAGAGUUCAGCCUGCAGGCCAGAGUGACCCAAAUCAGAUUUUUAUGCUCUGAUGUGAUUCAUGACAAUUCUGAUUUGGCCCACUUUCAUAUGUGGUCCAAAUCAGGUAGAGCGCUGAGUUUUUGCAGUGUGACCUCAAUGUGAAAAGUCAUAUCAGAUUUCAUGUAAGUUUUAGGGGUUCCCGGUAGCUUAGUUUUGUACAAACAAUAACAUAUGCUAUGAGAAUUGCGAUAGAGAUCUGCACAUGGUGGCUUUAAACGCCCUUCACAGGUUGAUAGAUAUUAUGUCUCAUACCUCAACUGUUGUGCUACCAAUUGAUUCUGGACCCUGAUUUAACACUGUACGUCACUUUUCUGUCGUUUAUGUUAUAGGAAAAUCUAUGAACUAAUUAAAUUAAAACAGGGGAGGAUUUGAAUCACAGAUUGAGAUUGAUUUGGGGCAUUUGGAAAGAAUUGGGAUGAAUAUACAAACAUGCAGUUGAAUUAAUUUAAAAUCUUCCUUCAGUUGACUGGUGGAUUGACUGAUGCACUGUUGGUAAAAUCUCCAGACUCCUCACACUUGUCAGUUGAAGUGUAGAAAAAAAGUGGACUGAACAAUGGAAAGUGUGUAAACUUUGUACCAAGCUCUUUCUGAGAUUUACUAUAAUGAGUUCCUCUCUGGUGAUGUCUGUUAUUUUAAUUUUGGUUAAUUUACAAUUACGUCAAACAGUACUGUAUUGUCUGAAUCUUAGUUUUUAGAUAACUUUUUUUAGGUAUAACCUAAAAAUAAAAUUCAGAUCUUUUGUUAUAAUAUAUACAGUAUCUCUUUU